AGCGGUUGGAACAUGGCAAUCACACAUUGACGUAAUUCAACAUUGCCAGAGCGUAUCGGAGUUUUCACCACCCUCCUCUAUCCACGUGGCAGCGUGGACGAACAAAACUCGCCUGCUGUAAGACUGCCGCCUGCCUCAUGUCACGGACGCAGACGGCACCUUGUUCUAAAUACAAAGGCACGCCUUAAACGUCCUCAAGCUUGUACCCUCAUCCCAACCCAGCAACCACCUCGUCCUCCGUCGCACUCUAUGGGCGCCGCAGCCUCAAUCGUCGCGGCGCCGACAGUUCUUGCAUUUACAUUGGGUGCGGUUUCAGCCCUCGUCCGUGCCGUACGAUCCCAUCGCCCCCGAUCGAACCCAACGGUGGACAACAUCACGGAAAUUAACAGGCUUUGGCGCGAGAAGGAGAAGAGGGAGCGCGAGAUACAGGCGGCCAGAGAGCUAGCAGACCUACUGAAGCGUCAGGCAGAGGUGGAGGCUCAGCAGGAGGAGGCGGAGAGGAGGCUUAAGAAGUGGGCUGAGGAAGAAGAACGACUCAGAGGGGAAAGGAAGAGGCGGGAGGCGGAGGAAGCGUGGGAGAGGGAGAGCACGGUACAGGAGGCGGAGCAAGCGCAAGAAAUGGAGAGCAAGGAGAGAAAGGCGGAGGCUGCGAUACAGAAGGCGGAGGAAGAGGCUUCACAGGCACAUGCGGCUAAGGAGGAAGCAGAGGAGCAGCUCCAGAAGGGCAUCCGGCCGGUCGUCAUGCCCACCGACUCAGAGCUCGAGGAAGCCAAGCGCAAGGUCGAGUACAGAGAAGGGCUAUACCACUUCGCCGUGGCGGGUAACGCAGGGAGCGGCAAGUCCUCGCUCGUCAACGCUCUUUGCGGGCUGCGCAACCGCGACAAAGGCGCCGCGAAGACGGGGAUCAAGGAGACGACGCUGAGUAUGUUUCGCUUCACGGAUCCCAAUCCGCAGAACUGUUUUGUCUGGUACGAUAUCCCUGGCGCGGGCACGCUGCAGAUUCCCGACUGGCAGUACUUCAACAACCAGGCCUUGUAUAUCUUCGACGCGAUCAUCGUACUCUUCGACAACCGGUUUACGGAGACGGACGUUGCCAUUUUGCGUAACGCCCGUCUCUUCAACAUCCCAUGCUACAUCGUACGCUCGAAGGCCGACAACGACUUCGGUUACGACAGUAAUGACGAGCAGGGCGUGGCGAUCGUCAGAGAUCACUUCGUCAACGCAACGAGGAAGAGCGUCGAGGAGAAUUUGCGCGCAGCGGAUCUACCCGACCAGCGUGUGUACAUCGUGUCGAACUCGACGUUGUUCGGUGUUACCUCAGAUAACCUGACAAAGACGGUGCAAAGUAAUAUGAUUGACGAGUUCGACUUCUUGCAGGACCUGCUGGGCGACGCGUACAGUCGCAGGGGUAACCCAGAGCCGACAGAGUCUUCUACACGCGCGGCACGUGUGGCUCAGGCAGAGGCAGAGCGUCAGCUCCACGAAGGCAUCCAGCCAGUUGUUGUGCCAUCUGCAGCAGAUGUGGAGGACGCCAAGCGUCGGAUCGGGUAUCGCGAAGGAUUCUACCACUUCGCUGUCGCGGGUAUCGCUGGCAGCGGGAAAUCGUCCCUCAUCAACGCACUGCGCGGGCUGCGCAACCGGGAUGGGGGAGCUGCCGCGACGGGCAUCACAGAGACGACGCUGCGCAUGUCCCGCUUCCCAGACUCGGACCCCAAGAACCCGUUCGUAUGGUACGACAUCCCAGGCGCGGGCACGCUCCACAUUCGUGACUGGCAAUACUUCAACCAGCAGGGUUUGUUCGUUUUUGACGCUCUCGUAGUGUUGAUCGACAACCGCUUCACGAUGACGGAUGUCGCCAUCCUUCGCAACGCCCGGCUAUACAAUAUCCCGUGCUACAUCGUGCGCUCAAAAGCGGACGUACACAUCCGAAAUGUGAUGAGGGAGAUGGGAUACGACAGCGAAGAUGAGGAGCAAGAUGCAAAGAGUCGUGCAACUCUCGAGUUCGCUUCCAGGGAGCACUUCGUCAGCGCUACAAGGCAGAAUGUGAGGGAGAUCCUGCGCGCAGCGGACCUACCCGAGCAGCGCGUGUAUAUCAUCUCGAACGCGACAACGCUGUGUGUGGUCAAGGGGAACGUGACUGGAAGGGCAGGGAAGAAGAUAAUCGACGAGCUGGAGUUUUUGAAGGACUUGUUGGGCGAUGCGUACAAACGUAGAGGGGGAGUAACGAUGAAAGGAUCUGCUAGCAAAGUGCGAUAGCGCUACCAAACGUCCGUGUCAUCAUUGGGUUUCAGUUUCAAGCGGUGCUUCCCAUACUUGUAGCUGUUUUUCUCAAGGUUUGGUAGAGUGCCA